AUGCGUCGCGCGGCGACCGCGCUGCGAAGGCACGCGGCGUCGAGCGCGCGCUGGGAGAUCCCCGGCGCGGGCGGCGACGCGUCGAAUCAUCGCGCGGUCGUCGCGCUCGACGUCCCGAGGGCGAGCUCGUGCGCGCGAUGGAUCCGAGCCGCGAGCGCGCGGUGCGCGACGGACGACGCGCCGUCGCCUUCCUCCUCCGCGCGCGCGCAGCAGCAGCAGCAGCAGCAGCAGCGUCGCGGGUACGCCGCGGCGACGGACGCGACGCCCGCGCCCGCGGGUAAGGUGGACCCCUCCUCCGCGGCCGCGGCGAGCCGACGCGCGAUGAGCGCGCUCGCGGACAAGUACGAUCGAACCCUCGUGGAGAACAUCUACCGGUCGUCGUUCAAGAACCAGACCGGGGUGUCGCUGAAGUACAUGCUCGACUUCGGGUCGCAGCCGAUACACCGGCAGCUCAUGGUGAGCGCGCAGUUUCUGCACAAGGAGCUCCCGGUGCGGUUCGCGCACCGCGUCGCGGAGCUCGAGAAUCUCCCGUUGGGUCUGUCGAGCAAGGCUCAGGUGCAGACGGUGCGAGAUUGGUACGUGGAGUCGUACGACGAGCUUCUGAAGUUUCCGACGGUGAAGACGAACGAGGACGAGGAGAAGUUCACGGAGUUGAUCAAGAGGAUCAUGGAGCGGCACGCGAACGUCGUGCCGAUGAUCGCCCGGGGGGUUUUGGAGCUGAAGAUGGAGAUGGCGGAGAAGGGCGGGACGCGGCCGGGGACGGGUAAAAAAGGCCUCGUCGCGCAGAUAAACGACCUCCCGGAGAUUCAGCAGUUCUUGGACGGGUUCUACAUGUCGCGCAUAGGGAUUCGCAUGCUCAUCGGGCAGCACGUCGCGCUGCACGAGAAGGACGAUACCAGGGGCGAGGACUACAUCGGGUUGAUUCACACGAAGAUGUCGCCGUUGCGCGUGGCGAGAGACGCCAUCGACGACGCGCGGUCCAUCUGCAUGCGUCAGUACGGAGACGCCCCGGAGGUGGAGGUGUUCGGCGACGAGUCGUUCACGUUCGCGUACGAGCCCGGGCACUUGCACCAGAUGCUCUUCGAGCUCGUGAAGAACUCGCUGCGGGCGGUGUCGGACAAGUACGCGGAUUCGGACGACGACCCGCCGCCGAUUCGCCUCGUCAUCGCGGAGGGCGCGGAGGACGUCACGAUUAAGAUUUCCGACGAGGGCGGCGGGAUCCGACGCAGCGGGCUGCAGCGGAUAUGGACGUACCUGUACACGACCGCGGACUCGCCGCUGCUGGAGAUGGACGAACACACGCCCGGACCGGUGGUGCUGGCCGGGUACGGAUACGGGCUGCCGUUGAGUCGUCUGUACGCGAGGUAUUUCGGCGGUGACCUGCAGGUGAUCUCCAUGGACGGCUACGGCACGGAUGCGUACUUGCACUUGAACCGGUUAGGGAACGUGCAGGAGCCGCUGCCGUGAUACCGUUCGUUUGGGGACGUGCUGGAUCUACAGUACUCUAUUAUUUUCUUUUCGGGCUUCACGCGCGAAGCGCUUUAACUGCGGUCGAUGCGGAUCGCGUUGUAUGUGUACUCUCGACGAGCGACCUCGGUCGACUUCGGAUAAUAAAAUUAAAAUUCCGUCUCGU